AAAACGUCAAGGAGUGCCAAGUUGAAGAAGACAAAAAAGAGCAAGAGGAGCCCCUCGAAGCGAUGGCUGCAGCGGCCGAUGGCUUGGGAAGCGUCGCAUUAGAUACCACGCAACUUAACAUGUCAGUCACUGAUCCAGCUGCCUGGGCAACGGCCAUGAAUAACCUGAGCAUGGUCCCGGUGGGAUUAGCUGGACAGCAGCUUGUGACGGAUUCCAUCUGUGUGCGGAGCUUUGAUCCGAGCCUCGGCAUGAUGGCGGGAAUCACCCCGCUGAACCCCAUGCUGCCGGGCAUGGGGUUGGUUCCGCAGCUCUCGGCGACUGACGUCCCCGUCACCAAAGAAAUAAUUCACUGUAAGAGCGGCACACUUUUUCCUCCGAACCCAAAUCUUCCACCACCGUCAACAAGAGAGAGGCCUCCAGGGUGUAAAACUGUGUUUGUUGGAGGAUUGCCUGAAAACGCUACCGAAGAAAUUAUUCAGGAAGUCUUUGAGCAGUGUGGGGACAUCACAGCGAUUCGGAAGAGCAAGAAGAAUUUUUGCCAUAUUCGUUUUGCAGAAGAGUUCAUGGUUGAUAAAGCAAUUUACCUUUCUGGUUAUCGCAUGAGAUUAGGAUCUAGCACAGACAAAAAGGAUUCUGGUCGCCUUCAUGUCGAUUUUGCUCAGGCGAGGGAUGACUUUUAUGAAUGGGAGUGCAAGCAGCGGAUGCUGGCCAGGGAGGAGCGUCACCGACGCAAGAUGGAAGAAGAUCGGAUGCGGCCUCCGUCUCCGCCAGCGAUCAUGCAUUAUUCGGAACAUGAAGCGACUUUGCUGGCUGAAAAAUUGAAAGAUGACAGCAAAUUUUCUGAGGCCAUUACUGUGUUGCUGACCUGGAUCGAGCGAGGCGAGGUGAACCGUCGGACGGCCAACCAUUUCUACUCAAUGGUACAGUCUGCGAACAGCCACGUCCGUCGACUCAUGAACGAAAAGGCCACUCACGAGCAAGAAAUGGAGCAAGCCAAGGAAAACUUUAAGAAUGCCUUAACGGGGAUUCUCACUCAAUUUGAGCAGAUUGUGGCCGUUUUCAACGCCUCCACCAGACAAAAAGCUUGGGACCAUUUCUCGAAAGCUCAGCGCAAGAACAUAGACAUUUGGCGAAAGCACUCUGAGGAACUCAGGAAUGCUCACAGUGAGCAGCUCAUGGGGAUCCGUCGAGAGGAAGAAAUGGAAAUGUCCGACGAUGACAGUACGGACAAUCUCAGUAACAAAAAGCUGAGGGUUGACGAAUCAGCACUUGCUGCCCAAGCCUACGCCCUGAAGGAGCAGAACGACAGCCUGCGGUGGCAGCUGGACGCCUACCGCAACGAGGUGGAGCUCCUCAAGCAGGAGAAGGGGCAGCUGUUCCACGCAGAGGAGAACCUGAAGAAGGACCAGCAGCUGCAGUUCUUGCAGCAGACGCUACAGGGCAUGCAGCAGCAACUGCUGAAAAUCCAAGAAGAAUUAAACAACAAGAAAUCGGAACUUGAGCAGGCAAAAGAGGAACACACACACACCCAAACCAUGCUGAAAAUUCUUCAGGAGCAGUUAAAAAAAAAUGCAAAGGAGUUAGCAGAGACUAAUGGAUAUGAUGAAUCGCAGGCUAAUGAAAUCAAUGUGUUGACAGUACCAUUGGUCAACCAAGACAGAGAAAAAAAAUUGGAGAAGCGAAGCCAACCACUAAAAUCAGAGAAAGAAGCACUGUUGAUAGGUAUCAUAUCAACGUUUCUUCAUGUCCAUCCUUUUGGAGCUAAUAUAGAAUAUCUUUGGUCUUACAUGCAGCAGCUGGACUCCAAGAUCUCUGCAAAUGAAAUCGAGAUGCUUUUAAUGAGGCUUCCACACAUGUUCAAGCAGGAGUUUUCCGGUGUAGGAGCCACGCUGGAGAAGAGGUGGAAAUUCUGUGCCUUUGAGGGAAUUAAAACGACCUGACUGUGGAUUGUGGUGGGGCUGCGUGGAGGAAGGUGCUUGUGGGCUUGACAGGAAGGGCUAGUCCAAGUAUUAAAGGGAGGUUUGGCAUAUGCACUCCAAGCCUGGUUUUAGUUGCAUUUGUGGUGUCCUCUUGUGAAAAUGUCGUUGUGUGCCAGUCCCAAAAUGAAAAGGACAGGGGGCACCUUCUGGAAAGUGAUGGAUGUGUUUCCGGUGAAAACCCAAGCGAGAUGCUGCCAUCCCAAUGGUGUCAUUUUUUAAAAUCUGCUCCUUCUGAACUUAGCUCACCGAGCAGGUAGGAAUAAUUUCCAGUUGCUGAGCUCUGCAAUGUAAUAUGUAAUAUGUAGUAGAUCUUCCUCAAGUCCCAUUCCUGAGAGUCUUUCUGUUUCGUAAAAAGACAAAAGUGAGUUCACAGUGAGAGAAAGCAUAGCAAAAGCAAGCUCGAGCGGGUGUCUCAACCGUUGUUGCAUUUUGUAAAUUAAGUUAUCUGCUGUACCAGGGACUUCUGCCUUAUUGCUUAGAGGCCUGAAAAAUGUGACUGAAUUCCUUGAGAAUGCUUUAUCCAGAAUAUUAUUUUUCUAAUGUAACUAUUCUCCAUUCUUAGUUCAUUUAACAUGGAUUGUAUAUUGAUUUUCAUAAACAUGUAAAUAAAGAGGAAGGCAGUGUUACUCUGUUGUAUUUGGUAUGGCACAUUCGGGGUUAUUGCUUCCAAAGUUAA